CCACUGCGGAUGCAACCAGGGCCAUCAUCCAACGCCUCCCAACAGCCUCUUUUUCAGUCUAGCGGGCGAAAUAGUGGCUUGCUUAGCGCUGGAUGGGCUUUUGCUCUCUGCUUCUCAACGCGACUCCCAGGUCCCGGGUCCCCUAAACGAGCGCCGCCCGCGAUUAUAAUACUCCGCAGGACAAAGCGUGCCAUUUUCAAUUCCCUUUUUCUUUCCUCAUUCUCCCUGCCUUCGUCUUGCGUUUUGUAUUUCCAACAAGCUUGUUGUCGCCUGUUGUAGCCAGCCUCGCCCUUGUUUGUGAGGGCUUCCGUUGUUAGCCUACUAUUAAGGUUGCUCACGCCCCUCACCACCAUCACGAUCACGAUCAUCAGCAAACAGUAACCUCUUGCAUUCGCUCACACUUCCCGUCAACAUGGCCGUCACCUCUGUGCACAGUGCCGAGAGCCCGCCUUCGGAUGAAAAGAUGGGCGCACACACCGCUGUCGAGACAAAAGUCGUCCAUGGCGACCAGGCCUUCAACGAGGCCCUCAUCAAGGAGCCGCCUACCCCAUUCUCCACGCCCAUGCUCAUGAUCUACCUCUUCUCCAUCAUUGGCUUCUUCUGCUCCACCAUGAACGGCUACGAUUCCUCUCUCAUCAACAACCUGCUGCAAAACGAAUGGUUCCGCGCGACAUAUGGCGUCAGGGAAGAAGGUCUCUGGACAGGCAUCGUCACCUCCAUGUACCAGAUUGGAGGUGUUGUUGCCCUGCCCUUUGUCGGCCCUGUCAUUGACGGCCUGGGCCGUAGAGUUGGUAUGGCCAGUGGCGCGCUGCUCGUCAUCAUCGGCACCAUUCUCCAGGGCACCUCGUCUGCCUCUGGUCAGUUCAUGGGCGGCCGUUUCCUGCUUGGCUUCGGUGUCUCCCUCAGCGCAUCAGCCGGUCCCAUGUACGUCGUUGAGAUCAAUCACCCUGCCUACCGCGGUGUAGUUGGCGCCACUUACAACUGUCUCUGGCUUGGCGGUGCCAUUCUCGCUGCGGGUGCCGCCCGCGGUGGCCUCAAUGUCGGCGGUAACUACUCAUGGCGCCUCAUCACUUGGCUCCAGUGCCUCUUCUCCGGCCUAGUCAUCCUCUUCACGCCCUUCCUCCCCGAAUCGCCUCGUUGGCAAUACGUCCACGGCAAGCAGGACGCCGCUAAGGAGUUCCUCAUCAAGUACCACGCCCACGGCAACGCCGAGUCCGUCUGGCCCGCCCUCCAGAUCCGCGAGUACGAAGAGAACCUCAACCUCGAUGGCGCCGACAAGCGCUGGUACGACUACUCGGCACUCUGGCGCGACCGCCCUUCCGUCUACCGCCUCGUCUGCAGUGUCUCUGUUGCUGCGCUCGCUCAGUGGCUCGGAAACGCCGUGCUUAGUUACUUCCUCGGCUCUGUCUUGACUACCGCUGGCUAUACGAACCCCAUUGAAAAGGCAAACAUUACACUCAUCAACAAUGUCAUCCAGUUUUGCUGCGCCAUCGCUGGUGCCAUGGUCGUCGACCGCAUCGGCCGCCGCCCUCUGCUGCUCUUCUCCUUUAUUGGCUGCACCGUCGUCUGGCUCGGCAUGACCAUUGCCUCGGCGCAGUUUGACGCCUCCUAUGCCGGCCUAGAUGAUGCUGGGAAUAAGAUCUACACCAACGACAACGCCUCCAAGGCCUGUCUCGCCAUGAUUUUCCUCUUUGGCGCCGUCUUCUCUGUCGGAGUUACACCCCUUCAGGGUCUCUACAUUGUCGAAGUCCUCUCCUUUGAGCAGCGCGCCAAGGGCAUGGCCUUUGGUAACCUGGGUGUCAAUCUUGCCGGCCUCCUUAAUCAGUUUGCAUGGCCCGUCGCCCUCGACAAGAUUGGUUGGAGGACCUACAUCAUCUUUACCAUCUGGGACGCCAUCAUGUCCGUCUUUGUCUACUUUUUCCUCCCCGAGACCAAGGGCCGAACUCUUGAGGAACUGGAUGAAAUCUUUGAGGCAAAGAAUCCAGUCAAGGCGUCGAUUGCCAAGAAGAAGCUGGCCAUUAACGCCACGGGUGAAGUUCUCCACGUCGCUGACGCCUAGAGAAUUUAUGUUUAUUACUUUCUUUUAUCGCUUUGUAUAUACAACAGCAUGUCAUGACCGCAAGCGCAUUGCUAAUAUCCACGUCUGUAUUUAAUUUCUAUAUGAAUCCAACUCUAUUAAACCAAAAA